AUAUUGAAUCAAUUAUGUUUAUAUUUAAAACAGAGGAUUAAGAAGUGGAAAAAUCACCCACAUAUUUAAGGUUCCAAAUUGCGAUUAGCCUUAGCAUUCUUCGGCUACUCAAUCUUCACAUUUGUAACAAACAACGGAUAAAAUAUGUCAUACCUGAGAAGUACACAUUUAAUUGAAGGAGUUGGAGAUGAAGUGUUAUAUGGAAUUGGUGCCUUUUUAGGGAUUCUUGCACCAAUGGUUGUGUACAUCAUAAACAGAAAUUAUGACAAUGUUCAGAAUAUUCAUCCAGACAGUGAGGAAAAUGUUCGAUCCACUCGAGAACAUUUACAAGCCUCUGCUAGGGUCCGUAGCAAUCCAGGAGAAAUUGACUGUCCUGUAUGUUUAGGCAAUACACAUUAUGGAAUAGAAACCAAUUGUGGACAUAUUUUUUGUGGUACCUGUAUCACCACUUACUGGCAGCACGGCACAUGGUUAGGAGCUGUUAGGUGUCCAGUGUGUAGACAACAGGUAACUCUUCUACUCAUUCAUUUCACUGAAGAAGAACAUCUCCAAACAAGUCCAGAGAAGACAGAGAUUCUAAACAAGAUUGCAGACUAUAAUCGACGCUUCUCUGGGGAGCCCAGACCUUUGCUGGAUUAUCUACGAGAUUUACCUACGCUGUUACGUCAUGCCUUAAGGGAAUUCUUCUCUGUUGGAGGUCUAAUAUGUAUGUUCCGUUUGCGCAUUAUAGCGAUUUUCCUAGCAGCAUUAUUCUACUUUAUUUCACCUUUAGACAUUAUCCCAGAAGCUGUGUUUGGAAUUUUGGGAUUUCUAGAUGAUAUAUUUGUACUCCUUUUGUUGGCUAUUUAUAUCAGUAUUUUAUAUAGAAAUUAUGUACAGUCAAGGGCAAAUACCAACACUGCAAGUUAAACAAACAAAGAUAGACAAUACUUAUUAACAAUGUAAAGUUUCAUUAUGAUUUGUACUUUUGUCCAUGUAAGUUUAUCAUCCCAUUUUUUCAACUUGUUUGCUCUUUUAAUAUACAUGCAUGUAAUUUGUCCUAUCCUGUUUACCAAGAUGUAAAAUUCCUAAGUACCGUAUAUACUCGCCUAUAAGUCGGUUUUUUGGGAGUUAAACUUUGGUCCAAAACUCUUUAUCCGACUUAUAUGCGAGUUAUAAAAAGAUUGGUAUUUUAGCAGGUCAAUCCCUCUAAUUUAAGCUUAAAAAAUACAACCGACUUAUAGGCGGACCGACUUAUAGGCGAGUAUAUACGGUAAGCUAAGCAGUGCAAAAAUGUUUUUGAUGCUAAUUAAGAGAGAGGAUAAAUAAAUCAUUUACAUGUA